CCCACCCCUUUUAAAUAAGUCGGGCUGGGCGCAGCCCUCGCAGACUAGGCAACUCCGGGGAGGCGGUAGCAGCGCUACGGCAAGGGGUGCGGCCGGGCCCGGAGCCCUGCCCGGGGCCCGGCAGCCCUGCGGGCGUGCGAACAGCGGGCGAGGCCGAGCCUGUUUGUGCGGCGCAGCCCCGGGGGCUGCCCGUGCCGGCCGCGCCAUUGUUGGGGGAGGGGGCAUUACCGAGCGCGGCGGAGUCUGAGGUGGGGGCAGGAGUCCGGGGUGAGCCAAAGCGGCGACAGAGGCGAAGAGUGUAGACACCUCAUGGGGAACACGCUGACCUGUUGCGUGAAGCCCAGUGCCAGCCCCAAGCUGAGCCGGCGCUCGGAGCCGGCAGAGCCGGACUACGAGUCUGAGAUCUAUGAGGCGGCGGCUGGGGACGCGGUGGCAGUAGCACCUUCGCCCGCUGCCUUGGACCCCGCAGAGUUGGAUUUGGGAACCGGCGAGGGCCACCACCUGCAGCACAUAAGCGACCGGGAGAUGCCGGACGACUUAGCUUUGGAAUCAAACCCCUCCGACCAUCCGAGGGCAAGCACGAUUUUCCUGAACAAAUCUCAAACAGAUGUGCGAGAAAAGAGGAAGAACAACUAUGUAAACCAUGUAUCUCCAGGGCACCUUACUAAAAAAUGUAGCUCAUGCUCAACAAUAUUUCUAGAUGACAGCACAGUCAGCCAGCCUAAUCUUAGAACCACAAUACAAUGUGUGACCUUAGCGAUAUAUUACCACAUAAAGAACAGAGAUGCAAAUAGAUCCUUGGAUAUUUUUGAUGAGAGAUCACAUCCACUCACACGAGAAACAGUUCCAGAGGAAUACUUUAAGCAUGACCCGGAGCACAAAUUUAUUUACAGAUUUGUUCGUACUCUUUUCAGUGCCGCACAGCUGACAGCUGAGUGUGCCAUAGUAACUUUGGUUUACUUAGAAAGGCUUUUAACUUAUGCUGAGAUCGACAUUUGUCCCACUAACUGGAAGAGAAUUGUUCUGGGAGCCGUUCUUCUUGCCUCCAAGGUCUGGGACGAUCAGGCUGUGUGGAAUGUGGACUACUGCCAGAUCCUCAAGGACAUUACCGUUGAGGACAUGAAUGAAAUGGAAAGGCAUUUCCUGGAGCUACUUCAGUUUAAUAUUAAUGUUCCUGCCAGUGUUUAUGCCAAAUACUACUUUGACCUUCGCUCCUUAGCAGACGACAACAACCUGCCUUUUUGUUUUGCUCCUCUUAGCAAAGAGAGAGCACAGAACCUAGAGGCCAUUUCCAGAUUGUGUGAAGACAAAGACCUGUGCAGAGCUGCUAUGAGAAGGUCUCUCAGCGCUGAUAAUUUUAUUGGGAUUCAGCGUUCUAAAGCCAUCCUGUCUUAAGGGAGAAAUGAGGGGUUGCAACAUCAUGAGCCCCUCAUCUACGAGGACUGGGAAGAUACCACCUCACCUGCUCAAAAACCAGCGGAGUUAGUCCCUCACCUGGGAGGAUUGGAGAAAUACCACCUCUCCUGCUCAAGAGCCAGCAAAGUCAGUAAGACAGACAUCAAACUGAAGAGCCUCGUGGACAGCAAGUACUGUGCUCGAAGGAAAGAAUGGGACCUUGUCAGUGCAACACACUCUUUGUCCUUUACUAAACGAGUUACAAAAGCCACUCCAAAGCAAUAGCUCCCAACCCACACACAGAUAUUUGCUUACAAUGUAGGCUGAUAACUGUGAACUAUGUGAGGGUUUUUUAUUGAAGUUUAAAUUUUGAGACUUGAAAGACACUAACCAUAUAUAACUUUUAUGUUUCUCCUACUUUUCUGAACUGCCCCCUCCAAGAAAGAAAACAGAACCCCCUCCCCCACUGUUGCUGCAUAGUCCUUUACAAUCAGUGCAGUAUUACCAUUAAAACAUGGGACUCCUAACAACUCAUAAAGCCACUUAGCAACAAACUGUGUAGCAUUGUUAGGUAUUGAAGGAUUCUUCCUAUUACAUCAUAGAAACUGCUAGUUUAUUAUUGGCCAUCAGUUUAAACCAAAAAGCUGCUGAAUAACACUUGCCAUUCAAAUUCUUUGCAAGCACUACUUACUAGCAUAUUAGCAUGUUUGGGAUAAGAGAAAAUUUCAGUCAUUGAUUAUCUACUUACAGUGGGUCCACGCUACGUAUCUUAAGAACUAUAUUGGGAUUAAAAAAAAAACUAUAAGGAUGCUUCUCAUUUUCUGAUGUGUUUCUUUGCUAAAUAAAUGUAUCAGUAGAUAUUUUCUGAUAACAAGCAGGUGACGAAAUAGGUGUUCCCCAAGUACAGCGUCCUGUACCUGGGUCCUCCAGGGCCCUGCUGGGGAAGGAGCAGCGCCACCCACUCACAGAGAAACAUCACAUGGAAGUUUACAUUUCUAUUUCUUGUAAACUUAGUUUGGUAAACUGUUAAAAUGACAAGUUUCAGCCAGUCUUUGCCAUCUUUAAGAGGAAGCUGAAACAAAAAUUAAAAGCUUAAAUGUUUAAAAGACAUUUAAAUUUUCAAAUGGUUUUUAAGUUUGCAGCAUUUAUACUCCAUGUGCCAAAGCUUAAAAAUUGCACUGGGACUUUAUGGGACACCUUGUAUCUCCACAGAAAUGCCCUCUUUUAAAAAUAAAUCUUUGCAAGUCA